UCCGGUUCCAUUCGAUGGCCAUUCAUUUCACCAGAGACUCGCCACGUUAAGAUGGUUGACGUACCCAUCGAUGUGCUUCUAUCUGUUCCCAUGUUUCUACGAUCUUAUCUUCUCUGUCGUUUCAUGGUUCUGCACAGCAAGCAGUUCCAGGAUGCGGCUACUCGUUCAAUAGCGGCGCUAAAUCGUAUCUCAAUGGAUUUUCGAUUUGUUAUCAAAACGAUGAUGGCAGACCAUCCAUUGCGGGUUUUGGUAGUGUUCACUGUGUCCUAUUGGAUCUGCAUGUCGUGGAUGUUUACGCAAUGUGAAAGGUAUGCAGCUUAUGUCAGACUGAUUAGUGAGAUUGCUUCGGGGGCGUUAUAUGAUGGCAAACUGGAUGUAGAGCACUAUUACCUAAAUUCUAUGUGGUUCAUCAUGGUCACAUUCAUGUCAAUCGGGUAUGGAGACAUUGUGCCGAACACGUACUGCGGUCGCACCCUAUCUAUCACAACUGGUAUUGUGGUAAGUGCAGUAUUUCACUUCCAACAACUUUUAUUCAUAGGUUUUAUAUGA